AUGGGGGCGAAGUCAAAAUACGUUAUAGUCCAAUUAGCUAGUGUAAUAACUGGUUCCACGAGAGUAUGGGUACGUGAAAGAGCUGCGGAAAAAUUCUCAGGGAUAUUUCAUGAUCCUGCAUUAGGCCGAAGCUGCUUAUUUGAAGAGUCGCGACGGAUAAAGGGGAAGAACGAUCUACCUAAAAGAGUAAAGCAGAUGUACAACAUUGGAAACUAA